AUGUCGAGCCUCGGAGCACUUCCUCAAACCCUCAAAUCAAUCACUGCCACCAAAAUCAAGGAACUAUCGAAGCAGCGAACGCUAUUCGACAAGCGCAAACAGGAGAUCCUCGCAGACGCCAAUGCUGCUUCUGAUAUAUCUACUAGAUUACGCAUCCUUCUGGAUGGACUAUCGCGCCUGAAAGGUUAUUCCAAAGAUGCCCCGGACCAAGAGACCCGAGACCUGGAUCUCGAUUCAUUAAGCUCGUCCGACGAUUACUUAAAGGGCAACAACUCAGACGACUACUCCGAUCUAGAAUUGACCUCACCCGUUGUGGGCCAAAUUCAGGCAGAGAAUCAUGCCAACAUUCGCCGCUUUCUUUUGCAGAGUCGAUAUGACGUCUCUAUCACAGAGGCUACCCUACUUGGGUGGAUCACACUUCUGGAGAAAGAGCUGCGCUACUUGGAGCUGAAGCAUGAACAUGCAGCCUUCUACAGUAGGCUGGUGACUGAGUGGUUGACGCAGUUGGACGAGAAAAAUACGUCUCCUGCUAGGGAUCAGAGCGCCCACGAUGAAGUCACAAAAUCCGACACCAGCUUUGAGAGCGUAGGUCGAGCAGAGAUGCAUGAGCAGCGAGAAAAGUGGGAGUCUUUGGUCUUCGCAGCUCCCGACCACGUUGACAAGGACUCUGUUCGGACGUACCUUGAUGCCUUGUUUACCAAGACAAAGUUGUCUCAACAGGCCCUCAAAGAGCUCCGUGAGAGUAUCAUGAAAUUUGCGAACAAUUUAGCCUCACAAGCCGAGUGGCUGGAUGUCGAUAAGCUCCACUGGGUUGCAAAGGCUCUGAUGAAUACCGAUCUUCUCAGCGCCGAAAAGUCGACCCUUCUCAAAGAGUUCAUGCAAAACAGCGAGGUCACACAAGAAGUGGUCGAUGUACUCAACAUGCGUCUGGCUUCUCUUGACAGCUGGGACUGGGGAUCUGAUGGUAUUCCGAUUGAGAUGCGCCGUCAGUUGAACGGAAAAUAUCGAGUCUUCAUGGACGAAGACCUUCUCGAUGGAUUAUUCCUACAGUACCUUGGAUCGAGGUGGGCUGUUACAUUGCGGAAAAUAUUCACCAAGUUCUUACACUCCUUUGCAUGGUGUCCUAUGAACGACGAUGUGCCGGACGGAUACAAAGAUGAGCGCAAGUAUUUUCAUAGUAGCAAGAUUCACGCCGAGGCCCAAGGCCACAGCAUCAAUGAAUUGCGAAAAGAAACUUACUGCAAAGAUUACUUCAUGAGCCAGCUACCAGAAUCAACCGAUGAUGGGGCUAGAAGCUAUGACGACGACUCUCAAUCAAAGAGUGCUCUCGAUACAAAGCAUUCACUACUUCACCUCCUGGUGACCGAAUCUCUCGUUCACAGAAGCCAACGAGGAGAAUUCACUGCUAUUAGAUCCGACUAUGAGUGGUUUGGCCCUAGUUUGCCUCAUGCGACAAUCCUCGCCGUAAUGGAAUAUUUUGGCGUUCCAGAGACGUGGCUCAAAUUCUUCAAGGUCUUUCUGGAGGCACCUCUCAAACUUGUUCAAGAUGGUUUGCAUCCUUCCACUCAAGUCCGCAAACGUGGUGUUCCCAUAACCCACACCCUCUCGGACUGCUUUGGGGAAUCAAUCCUGUUCUGCAUGGACUAUGCAAUCAAUCAAUGCACCAACGGCGGUAUUCUGUAUCGACUCCACGAUGACUUCUGGUUCUGGGGCUCAAGAAGUACGUGCGAGAAGGCGUGGUUAGGGAUGACUGAAUUUGCCAAUGUGAUGGGCCUGCGAUUCAGCGGCGAAAAGACUGGUACGGUACUUAUGGAUAAGGCCAAAGCUGAAAAGUCCUCGGUUCUUCCUGUCGGUGAUAUCCGUUGGGGUUUCUUGGUCAUGGACGCUGAGCAGGGAAAAUUCGUCAUUGACCAAGCUCAAGUAAACCAGCACAUCGAAGAACUUGACCUACAGCUUUCAUCCUGCAAGACCAUCUUUUCCUGGGUAGAGGCAUGGAACAGCUAUUUUGGACGUUUCUUCACGAACAACUUCGCAAAGCCCGCCAUGUGCUUCGGAAGAGAUCAUAUUGACAUGGCCAUCCGCACACUCAGCCGUAUCGAGAGAACGUUGUUCUCCAAGGGCGCCAAGGAACCUAAAGGGGGAGUUACCAACUACUUGCGAGGGGUGAUUGCAGAGCGGUUUGACAUCCACGACCUGCCGGAGGGUUUCUUUUACUACCCUGUUGAACUGGGCGGCUUGGGGCUCCUCAACCCGUUCGUUCGGCUGCUUGCCAUGCGUGAGAACAUUACACGUAAGCCUGAGAGACAACUCCAGAAAGCAUACUUGCAGGACGAGAUGCUCUACCAAACAGCCAAGGAGGACUUUGAAAAGCAUGGCCCCUGUACCAGCUUUAUCAGGCGAGGAGAGGACGGCAAGCCCCUACCGUUCUGGUCCCUAGAGGAAUUCACCAAGUAUCCCGAGACAUACAGCUCCAGUCUUCUAAGGGCAUACAAGUUGCUGAAUGAGGUCCCGGAAGAGAAGAGUGUCCCCCCUACUGCAAGCUUCAAAAUGAACCAGGCUAGUUUGAAGGGGGAGGGUAGUGGCCCGAUCUCAUCUAGUUGGGACUGUAUGACCCCUUACUGGCGUUGGGUGGCAGAAUCAUACUCCGACGAGAUGGUCAGCACUUAUGGUGGCUUGGCAGCUGUUAGUCGGGAGUUCAUGCCCCUGGGAGUGGUGAAGACUUUGAAGGAAGGACAUUUCAGGUGGCAGAGUUGA